GCCGUGUUGCGCUGGUGUGAUGGUGGUGUAUAUGUGUGCGGUGUGUCGGAGGUCUGUGUUCCAUGGCAGGAGGAAACAUGUCUAUGAGAAGGGACACCGGGAGCGGCUGCAGGCGGUUCUCAGCGCCUUUUCCCAGAAGGUGGAGGCCGCCCGGAAGAUGAUUAAGGAGGCCGCAGUGGAGAAGUAUAUCCUGCAGGAGCAUGAAGAGAAAUUCUGGUGUCAUUGCUGUGACGUGGAGGUGAAGAGACACAGUAGUGAUGGCCAUCUGACAGUGCUCUAUGGAGGAAUGUUGGAGCACAUGUACAGUCCAGAACACAAGAAAGCUGUAAACAAAUUUUGGUGGACACACCAGGCUGAUGGGAAACUAAAAGCACGUUUUUUUCUUACUACAGAAGAGUUUGAAAGGCUCAAGUCUUCAGUAACCAAAGCUUUAGAAGGCUAUGAAGAAAAGGAGGAUGUACUUAUUAAACAGAUGGCUGAGCAGAUUCAGAUGGUAGAACAGAGCCGACAUGAGAUAUUACAGAAUCCCCUAGAGGUUUGUUAGACACCAUCUACAGAACAGUAUCCAUUACUAAACAUAUUUGGUUACAUAACAUGUUGUUUCAGUGAUGAAGCAGCUGAUGAGUCGUCUUGGGAUAACAGUGUGCAUUUGCAAUGCAGUGCAACGGCAGCCAGUUCCAGCAGUGCAUCCAGUGUGCAUGAGAACCCAUCUGUGAUACCAGCUACAUCUCUAACAUACAUCGGCCAACAGGUGCGUCCUAAUGAUGGCAACAUUCACACAGGUGCUCUCCCUCCAUGGAUGAUCUCCGAUGAAGAGGACACUUUAAAACAACAAGCGAUUGGACCAGCCUUAGAAGGAUUUCUAAAACACAAGGAGAAGAUGCUGCUGAAGAAACUCCCCCCAAAGAGAGUGGGUGCAAACUUCGAUCACAACGCCCCAACUGAUGAGGGUUGGCUUCCUUCCUUUGGUAGAGUGUGGAAUAGUGGAAGGAGGUGGCAGUCCAGGCAUCAAUACAGAAAAGAGUCCGGCAAAAAAAGGAAACGCAAUGAAGAUAUGUAA